AUGUACAAAACAUUGUUCUUGACUGUCCAGAUUUUCCACAAGGUAGUAAUAAUGAUUCUUGCAUUAUCUUUAUUGUUUGAACUCAGAACACUCAACAACCACUCAAAAAUCUCCAUACCUGAAGGAAUACGAAAACCUAAGACGCCAAAGGAAGUUAAAGACUUUAGGAACAACAUUGAAGUGCUUGAUAACUUUCCAUAUUUUUUGAUUCGGUGGAGCCGAAGGUCCAAAUUUCUUGGAAGCCUCGAGUUGAUGAAGCAUGGGGAUGCAGAAGUUCCAUGGCAUUUAAUUGCAAUUGCGAUUUUCUUCACAUUGAUCAAAUUGCCAGGUCCAUAUUACCCUUAUUGGGGACGUAUACUAAUUCCUCAGUUUGCAAACGGGGUUUUAUUGAGGGCUCUAUGGUUGCAAAGUCCAUUUCAGUGGAAACGAAAAUUCUCACUAAUGAAGAUCUUGGAAAAUCAAACAGUACUUUGA